AUGCCUCGUCGAGUGUCCGGCUCCCUCCUAAGCAGCUCACCUCCGACCCCCUGGCCGUCCUUUUCGCCGUCAGAAAAGGGCGGCAGCCUCGUCAACAAGACCUCUCAAAAGGCCAGCAAAAUUGCUCAGCUUUUCUCGACAUCUCCAAAGACAAAAGAAGCCCAGUCGGCUGCUGCAGCGCUGCUAGCGGCUAGCAAAGCUCAAGAACAGGCAUUUUUGGCUUCGGGUUCGCCUCCCAUAAGCACGCCCUCGCUUUCACUGCCCAGUAUCUCCUUGUCAACAGCCCGCGCAGACUCUGUCAAUAUGGACGAGCCACCCACCACUCUUUUCCAGCCGCCCUCUCCCGCUGAGACGCGCAAGCUGGCCCGACAACAUGCUCAAUUUGGACCGUUAAAUUCCCAGUCUCACAGAUACACCAGUCGGCACCAGGGCGGAGAAUUUCCAGAACCCGUCAUGGACGAACCGCCCUACUACUAUCUUUUGACGACCUACAUCUCCUAUUUGAUUCUCAUAAUCUUCGGGCAUGUUAGAGAUUUUUUUGGCAUGAAACUAAAAGAAGACAAUUAUCGACACCUCAAGGCGCGGAACGGCUAUGCGGCCCUCAAUAGUGAUUUUGACAAUUUUUACGUUCGGCGGCUGAAGAUGCGUAUCAACGACUGUUUCAAUCGACCUACCACCGGAGUUCCUGGAAGAUACAUUAAUUUGCUGGAUCGAACAUCGGAUGAUGGGAACGUGCAUUUCACCAUGACGGGCACCACCACCGAAACCUUGAACAUGAGCUCGUACAACUACCUCGGCUUCGCGCAAUCGGAAGGUCCGUGUGCUGAUUUCGUCGAAGACACGAUCAGGAGGUGUGGUCUCUCAACAGCAAGCUCGAGAAGCGAGGUGGGUACUUCUGAGCUGGCCGUCGACUGCGAGGCCCUCAUCGCCGAAUUUGUUGGCAAGGAAUCUGCCAUGGUUUUCUCGAUGGGUUUCGGAACCAACGCCUCCAUUUUCCCUGCCCUGGUUGGAAAGGGUGACUUGAUCAUUUCCGACGAACUCAACCAUGCAUCGAUCCGAUUCGGCUCCAGGCUCUCCGGCGCCAUGAUCGCGUCGUUCAAGCACAACGACAUGAAGGAUCUCGAGGGCAAGCUUCGUGAGGCCAUUUCUCAAGGGCAACCGCGCACUCAUCGCCCCUGGAAGAAGAUACUCGUUGUUGUGGAGGGCUUGUACUCGAUGGAAGGCACGAUGUGCAAUCUACCGGGGCUGGUCAGGUUAAAGAAGCGCUACAAGUUUAACCUCUUUGUUGACGAGGCCCAUUCGAUUGGCGCUUUGGGACCGCGCGGAAGAGGUGUGUGCGACUACUUUGGCAUCCACCCUUCCGAAGUGGACAUCCUUAUGGGUACUCUCACCAAGUCAUUUGGUGCCAAUGGAGGAUAUGUGGCCGGUGAGAAGGCUGCCAUCGACAAGCUGCGACUAUCCAAUGCCGGUACCGUGUACGGCGAAACUCCUGCUCCCGCGGUUCUGGCCCAGAUCAUUGCUGCCCUCAAAAUCAUUAACGGCGAGCUUGUGCCCGGCCAGGGCGAGGAGAGAUUGCAGAGGAUCGCCUUCAACUCUCGCUACCUUCGACUGGGUCUCAAGCGCCUCGGGUUUAUAGUCUACGGUCACGACGAUUCGCCUAUCAUCCCUCUCAUGCUCUACAACCCCGCCAAGAUGCCAGCCUUUUCCCACGAGAUGCUCAAGCGCAAGAUCUCGGUUGUCGUUGUUGGAUAUCCAGCCACCCCGCUGAUCUCCUCCCGAGCACGGUUUUGUGUCUCGGCUGCGCAUAACAAGGACGACCUCGACCGACUCCUUGCGGCAUGCGACGAGAUUGGCAAUGUCCUCCAGCUCAAGUUUGCGAGCGGCAUCGCUGGCGGUGCUCCUCCUCUCCCUGAGGGCGUGACGUGGGAAAUGGAGCAGAGCCGGAAGCGACUGGAAAAGCACGACAAAGUCGCCAAAUCGUUGGUGGUGUCGCCUCGAUGGGGCUUGGAUGAAGUCAUCAAGCGUGGCGUUCAGGAUGUCAAGGUCCCGCUGCGGUAA